AUGACCUUCAGCUUGAAUUCUGACCUCAUUAGACAUCAGAAAAGUUUUCCUAGCAAAAAGCUUUCCAUAUGUAACGAAGGCAGAAAGACUUUCAGCCAGAACUCUAAGAUCAUUAAACAUCAGAAAUUUCGCACUCAAAAGAAACCUUAUGAGUGUAAUGAAGGUGCAGCAACCAUAAACCAUUAUUCAACUCUUCCUUACCAUCCUAAAUUUCCUACUGGAAUGAAAAUAUAUGCAUGUAAUCAGUGUGGGAAGACCUUUCACUGGAACUCAGAUCUUGUGAGACAUCAGAAGAUUCAUGCUGAAGAUAAGCCUUAUAAAUGUAACGAAUGUGGGAAGUCUUUCUGCUACAGAUCACUCCUUAUUGGCCAUCAGAGAAUUCACACCGGAGAGAAACCUUAUGAAUGUAAUGAAUGUGGCAAGGCCUUCUGCUACAGAUCACUCCUUGUUGGCCAUCAGAGAAUUCAUACUGGAGAGAAACCUUACAAAUGUAGUCAGUGUGGAAAAGCUUUCCAAAGCAGCUCCCGUCUUACUUCCCAUCAGAGAAUCCACACUGGAGAGAAGCCUUAUGAAUGUAAUCAGUGUGGAAAAGCUUUCACACAGAGCUCUCAUCUUGUUACCCAUCAGAGAAUCCACACUGGAGAGAAACCUUAUGAAUGUAAUCAGUGUGGAAAGGCUUUCAGAUUCCGCUCUGGUCUUGCUUCCCAUCAGAGAAUCCACACUGGAGAAAAGCCUUAUGAAUGUAAUCAAUGUGGCAAAGCUUUCCAAAGUAGUUCCCGUCUUGCUUGCCAUCAGAGAAUCCAUACUGGAGAGAAACCUUAUGAAUGUAAUCAGUGUGGAAAGGCUUUCACACAGAGUUCCCAUCUUGGUAUACAUCAGAGAAUCCACACUGGAGAGAAACCUUAUGAAUGUAAUCAGUGUGGAAAGGCUUUCAGGUUCCGCUCUGGUCUUGCAACACAUCAAAGAAUCCACACUGGGGAGAAACCUUAUGAAUGUAAUCAAUGUGGAAAGGCUUUCCAGUGCAGUUCCAGUCUUGCAAAACAUCAGAGAAUCCACACUGGAGAGAGACCUUAUGAAUGUAAUCAGUGUGGAAAGGCUUUCAGAUGCAGCUCCAGUCUUGCUGCACAUCAAAGAAUCCACACUGUAGAGAAACCUUAUGAAUGUAGCCAGUGUGGAAAGGCUUUCAUAAAGAGCUCCAGUCUUGCUAUUCAUCAGAGAAUCCACACUGGAGAGAAACCUUAUAAAUGUAGUCAAUGUGGAAAAUCUUUUCAGUAUCACUCACAUCUUGUUGUCCAUCUGAGAAUCCACACUGGAGAGAAGCCCUAUGAAUGUAAUCAAUGUGGGAAAGCUUUCCAAAGUAGUUCCAGCCUUGCUACACAUCAGAGAAUUCACACUGGAGAGAGACCUUAUGAAUGUAGUCAUUGUGGAAAGGCUUUUCAGUGUAACUCCAAUCUUGCUGCCCAUCAGAGAAUCCACACUGGAGAGAAACCUUAUGAAUGUAAGCAGUGUGGAAAAACUUUCAGAUAUCUCUCCGGUCUUGCUGUACAUCAGAGGAUCCACACUGGAGAGAAACCUUCUUAAUGUAAUCAGUGUGGAAAGGUUUUCAAACAGAACUCCAACCUUGCUUAGCAUGAGAGAAUCCACCUUGG